AUGAUUUUGUGCUUUGAAAUUUUUGUUCAGAUUGAGACUCGAUACUCCUAGCGCAGUUGGUAGAGAAUGAGAUGAACAAGAGAUUGAAAGAAGGAACUUACAAAGGAAAGAAAUUCAAUGCUAUCUGCCACUUCUUUGGCUAUCAGGCCCGGGGUUCUUUACCAUUGAAGUUUGACUGUGAAUAUGCCUAUGUUCUUGGGCACAUCUGCUAUCACAUUCUAGCUGCCGGUUUGAAUGGAUACAUGGCAACUGUGACCAACCUGAAAAAUCCCGUGAACAAGUGGCGAUGUGGUGCUGCUCCAAUUAUAAUAAUGGUUGAGACAGGUCUUAUUGGAAGACAAGCCAGUGGGUCUGUUACCAUAACUGAUUGGGAAACUUGA